AUGGAACUACAACACCAUCAGUCUGGCGUGCUACCUGCUAACGGGUCAGCCUUGAACACGCCUUCAAUCGGAACACCACUCGAUGGGUCGUCAACACAAUACCGUGGCGUCCUUCAGGAACGCUCUGCCAACUGGCCGCACGACAGCAUAGCAUCGCCCAUCACAAGCACACAACAUGGAUCUCAAAAGGUCUCCCGAAGUCAAAGCCCGACUGAAAAUGCAUACCCUCAACAGGCCACUGCUGCGGGCAACUAUUUCACUGGCAGUUUGCAUGCGCAACACAUUGGACUGGCGGGGUGUGGGAUAGAGAGGUCAGAGAAGCAAAUCAAACGGGAGAUAACACGACUACACCAUUUGCUACAACGUUCAGACAAGUACCAGAAGUACCGUGAAAAGCAGCCGGUCUUGACGCCGGGGGAGUUUAUUGAAAGAGAGGCAAGAGAAGCAAAGAUGAAAGUGGAAAAGGACAACAAGAGCCCAGAGAAGAGUGUUUGGCCGGAGUUCCUUGAAGACGCUUUCUGGACAGCACUCAUCCGAUGGCCUCCCAUGGGCCGUAAGAAGUUCAUGCUCGAUGGCGCUCUGCGGGGCCGUAACGAACUUAUCCAAGAUUCAAUAUACAAAGACACGGGAAUCAGGCGAGACCGCAAGCAGGUGUCAAGUCAUCUUCAAGUGCUCAAACAGCACCUAAAAGACCAGCCUGGUGUGCUCGUAUAUAUGGCAACAAAGGACGAAGACAAGAAACGCCACCGUGGGAGGGAGGCUGCGAACUCGUAUCACCUGUCCCACUUGGGCGGGCGCCACCACCCGCAGCAGCGCGUGGCUGGCGGCUCAAAAUACGAUUACAGCGCCUCAGCACCCUUUUGGUCUGGCCUUAGCUCAUUGCAGUCGUCCCUUGGUUUGGGCUUAAAUGGCGCUGCUGGCACAUCGCCUUAUGCAGUGACGGACUUCACAAUGCUGGUUGAGGAUGGCGAUCAACCCGUGCACGACUUUACUCAACUUUCACGAGACGGGAGACAGCAGGAUCUGAAUGUGGCAGACACCACGAUGUGGCAUCGUCAAUACCCCGAGUUUGGGUUCCUGCACGAUCAGACCGAAGAAUGGACAAAGAAGCAACAAAGAGUUCUGGUAUGCGACGCGUCUAUUAAAGUUAUGACCGAGACACGACCAAAUGCCCACCUCUCCAUUGCCUUCGAUCUACACUCACAGCGAGAUCUUCGACCGUUCGACUCUUUGGUCUGCAUAACCCGCUUCUUCGACGAUGGGAGGCCGGGUGCUGAUCCACAAUUUGAUGGGCUGCAUCACCACGACCUGAAGGAGCACCGCACAAACUGCGAAUACACACCUGAUCCUCAUGGAUGUAGUGGCCGCUUACGACUUGCCUUUGGAUCCAGAUUCUGGGUCAACCGCAUGUCCAAGUACCAGAGUCUGCGUCACAAGGAUGACAAUCUUGUCAGCCGUUCGUUGAUGAAGCUGACAGCGACACAAGACGUAUUUGGCGUCAAUCCAAGUGGUGCUGCAGAACGUAUUCUCACGAUUCUCUGGCGGUUCCGGCAGACCCGCGACUCUGCUGAAGUAGGCGUGAUGAAAUGGCGCGCUGUGUCGUUUGGGUCUGCCCAAAGCGAGCCAAAGCAAGAAUGGGCCAAACAAGAAACCAUCGACGACUUGAAUGGCGAACUCUUGGACAUCGCAACGAGCCAACCGCAACACUCGAACUCUACUAACACACUCUACCACCAACCUUCUUCUCUCGGACAGAUGGGCCAACCUUAUGCAGUCCAACCCUACGUCCCCCAACCACCUCAACUUCACAUCGACACUCUAACAACAUGGCCCUGCACUGCACCAGACCUGGACCAACCAUCCGCCUCCGCCGCUCCUAGCACAGCUACAGACCACUCUUUCGCCUCGCUCCCGAAUCUCUCGCACUCGCAAGAUACAGCCUCGGGCUUUGACGCGAACGACUUCGACUUCAGCGGCGGCCGAAUCGAUAUCUCAGGCGCCUUUUCGCCGGCAAUCAUGGCGCAGUACGAAGCCUUCUCGGCGUCUCAAGGCACCGAUCUCUCGGGCCUCAGCGCGCUGUCCGGCAUGGACCACCAGAGCCUGCUGGAGUUGGGAUUGAACGCGAACGACAUCGCCUCCAUCACAAGUGGCAGCGGUCUGCAAGACACGCAGCUUUCCCAAGUCCCAUUGUGCUACAGCACAAAGCCUGUGCCUAGCUGGGGCCACGGAGCAAACCUGAUAAGCAGUUUAGAGAGCGCUGCUGAGACGUACCAUUCACCCUGGUCCACUCGCCCCCAAGCUCACCACCACCAGCACCCUUCUCAUACACACCACCAGCAUCAAACACAACAACACCAGGUCCAGAAUCUCCCUAUCGCCUCGUACUCCGACACCGACCUUGUCGCCCACGGCGCCCUGCACUCCUCAACCGCAAACCUGAACCCCGGUCUCUGGAACCUCGCAUCCCCUUUCCACGAAGACACCGGCUCCGGCGCCGUGAACAUGGGCGGCGUCCUGAGCCACGUCCCCGGCGUGAUGGAGCGCAAAGACAGCAUGCAGCAAAGCGGGCUAGGCCUGGGUGUUUUGGAUCUGAUUGAGCGGGAUCAGAGAGCGAGAGGGUAUUAG